UGGCUCUUAUGUAAUUUGAAGCAACAAAUUUGGAAAGCUUUUUCGUAUUGAAUCAACUGUUGGCAAUUUUUAAAAUAAUUUUAACAAUUAAGUGAAUUUGGGUUUGAAUCUGACUUUUUCUUUGUGUUUAUAUUUAUGUUCAUCAAGCAAAUGGUUUGGAACCAAUAUCAAUAAUAAUCUCUGUGCAAAGUUCUGUUCCGUUAAGUUAAGCCUAAAUCAUCUUUUUUAAUAUUUCUUGGCGCCAUGGGAUAUGAUUUAAAAAGGUUUUCUGAUUUGGGUGUCCUUGCGGAGGACAUCACCUGUCCAAUAUGUAUGAAUGUCUUUCGAGAUCCUGUCACAACUAAAUGUCGCCAUACUUACUGUCGAGAUUGCCUUUACGAAUGGCUACAAAGGCAUAAAACUUGUCCACUAGAUCAGCUUCCAAUUGAAAGUUAUGAUACUCUUACAAAGCCACCAAUUUUUGUGAUAAACAUUCUGGGUCGAUUACUGAUUUUUUGUGAUUAUAAAGAAAAAGGCUGUCAAAAGACUGUUAAAUUAGAGGAUUUAGCUCAACACGUUGCUACAUGCCCAUUCCGUCCCAAAACUGCUGUUAGUCAAGUAUUGGUUAAUUUAACGAAACUUUCCAAUCGUCUAUCUUUUACAAACUUUGCUUCAUGGCUAAACAGAAUCAACCAAAGAGGUAACAUUGAACAUCCACCUACACCUCCAGCAAGAUAUCGAAUCAGAUCAAGGCCCAGGCACACCGAGCUUGCCAGACAACGGGAACGACGCGAUGAGUUUGGACGAGAAGAAGAUAUAACGAAUGUUGUAUUUUUAUUUCUAGCUCUUCUUGCUGUUGCUGCAUACUUUGCGGUACUAUUUCGCUUUGCGAUAGAGUGCUUUCUACUAUUUGUUUUUCAGCAUAUAUCAAUUUUACUUUUCGGUGUUUUUGUUAUGAUAUUUAACAUGACUCCACAGCCUAGUACAGUUCCUCUUGAUUAUCUUUUACCUUGAAAUCUGGUCGCAUUCUAACUUUAUUUUCGCCUUCUCACAUAUGUUGAAAUUUUAUCUUUAGUUCAACUGAAAAGUAACUAUUGUUCCUUCAGGUGCCUUGGUUUGGUGUUUUUGACUCUAGCUACAUCAAAGCAGCUGUUAAAAUCGGAUCCAAUUUGCUCAUAAAACAAAAUAUAUUCAUAAAUUCAUGGAUUCAUCGCCAUAUUUUGUCAAAACGAUCAGGAAAUUUAAUUCCCUUGUUUCCUUUUCCCUUCUCCAUUUCAUUUCAUUUUUUUUCACUCGCUGUGAUCACACUUGUAAUUGGAAACAAAUUACAAUUAUAUCCAUAAAUAUUUAUGAAUUAUCAGAAAAGAACUCAUAAAUUUGCUCAAUUUUGUGACUAAACCUUGAAAUGAAAACUUUCCGAUGCCACAGAUUCUUCCUGCACUCAACUUGAAUUAUGCUCAUUGGGGCUUGAUAUUUCAAUUCAAGACAAUAAAAUACAGGUCCUUAAAACUCAA